GCACAACAAAACCCGAAUUUUUGCGGUGUGCAGUUCAAAUCUGCCUUCGAAUUCCUUUUUUUUCUCCGUUAUCUCUUUCGCCACUCCCUCGGCGUUGCCGCCGCCCGUCGUUCCGGCGGUGAUUAUUUAUUCCCUCCGUCCGAUCUCGGACCUAUGAACCCUUCCCUCUCCUCUAUUUAUUAAAAAAAAAAAACAAAAAAUCCUGCCAAAAAAACCCAAAAUUCUGUUAGCCUAGUUGAAUUUUAAUUUUUUUUUUUAUCUGUGUUUUUUUUUUUGUGUGUGUGUUUCCUUUGAUUAUCAACUGAUAAUAAAAGGAGGAGGGGGAAGUAAUAAGAAAAAAAAAAUCCAAAAAAAUUACAAAACCCUUCGAAAAAAAAGGAAAACUUUUUUUUUUAGUUCCAAUUAAUUGAGAUGGCGGCGCAGAUGCAGCAGAUGCAGCCUCAGGUGCAGGUGGCGAACGCCGCUUCCUCUGGCGGCGCUCCGUUCGUGACUUCUCUGUACGUCGGCGAUCUCGAGCCGAACGUCACCGAUUCCCAGCUCUACGAUCUGUUCAGCCAGAUGGGGGAGGUGGUGUCCGUUAGGGUUUGCAGGGAUUUGACUAGCCGCGGCUCGCUCGGAUAUGGCUACGUCAAUUACAGCAAUCCUCAAAAUGCUGAGAGAGCAAUAAUUGAACUGAACUUCACUCCUCUAAAUGGAAAGCCUGUCAGGAUAAUGUAUUCUCAUCGAGAUCCCAGCGUACGCAAAAGUGGUUCUGGAAAUAUAUUUAUCAAGAAUUUGGACAAGGAUAUCGACCACAAAGCUCUGCAUGAAACAUUUUCCUCCUUCGGGAACAUUCUCUCAUGCAAAGUAGCCACAAAUACUUCCGGUCAGUCCAUGGGCUAUGGCUUUGUGCAAUACAUUAAUGAGGAAUCUGCGCAGAAGGCCAUCGAGCAACUCAAUGGCAUGCUGUUGAAUGGGAAGCAAGUCUAUGUGGGACCCUUCCUACGCAAGCAAGAAAGAGAGAUGUCAACAGACAAGACAAAAUUCACGAACGUGUUUGUUAAGAACUUGUCCGAAUCAACAACUGAAGAAGAACUUCGGAAUGUGUUUGGUGAAUUCGGUACAAUCACGAGUACAGUGAUUAUGAGAAACGAAGAUGGAACGCCGAAAGGCUUUGGAUUUGUCAACUUUGAGGAUGCAGAUGGUGCUGCUAGAGCUGUUGAGUCCCUUAAUGGCAAAAAGAUUGACAACAAGGAAUGGUACGUCGGUAGAGCCCAGAAGAAAUCUGAGAGAGAGCAGCAACUGAAACACCGUUUUGAGCAGAGUGUUAAGGAAGCAGUUGACAAAUCACAGGGCUCGAAUCUGUAUGUCAAAAAUUUGGACGACACCAUUGGAGAUGAUCAGCUUAACGAGCUCUUCGCUGCAUUUGGUACGAUAACUUCUUGCAAGGUGAUGCGAGAUCCAAAGGGAAUUAGCAGGGGUUCAGGGUUUGUAGCAUUCUCAUCACCCGAAGAGGCUUCUAGAGCUCUUACUGAAAUGAAUGGCAAGAUGAUUACUGGCAAACCUCUCUAUGUCGCACUUGCUCAAAGGAAAGAAGAUAGAAGAGCACGGUUACAGGCUCAGUUUUCUCAAAUGAGGCCAAUAGCAAUGGCACCUACUGUUGCUCCUCGUAUGCCGAUGUAUACACCCGGUGGUCCUGGUAUAGGGCAACAAAUAUUCUACGGACAGCCACCACCAGCCAUGCUUCCUCCCCAACCUGGAUUUGGGUAUCAGCAGCAGCUUAUACCUGGUAUGAGGCCAGCUGGGCAAUUCAUGCCAAACAUGUUUAUGCCGAUGGUCCAACAAGGGCAGCAAGGUCCACGUCCUGGUGGUAGGAGACCUAAUUCUGUUCAAAUGCAACAGGGCCCACAGCCACUUCCUGUUAUGCAGCAGCAGAUGGGUCCGAGAGGACGCGGUGGUUAUAGGUACCCUCCUGGGCGUGGUAUGCCAGAUGUCUCCUUGCAAGGAGGUAUGCUUUCCGUUCCAUAUGAAAUGGGCGGCUUGCCUUUGCGUGAUGCUCGAAUCUCUCAGCCAAUCCCUAUUGGAGCUUUGGCCUCUGCUCUUGCAAAUGCUUCUCCCACUGAACAAAGAACGAUGUUGGGUGAAAAUUUGUACCCACUGGUCGAACAAUUGGAGCCCGAGACUGCAGCAAAGGUGACAGGCAUGCUUCUUGAAAUGGACCAAACGGAGGUGUUGCACUUGUUGGAGUCGCCGGAAGCUCUUAAAGCUAAGGUUGCCGAGGCAAUGGAGGUUUUGAGGAACGUGUCUCAGAAUAGCGCCGCCACUGCCGACCAGUUGGCUUCUUUGUCCUUGAAUGAGUGAUUGGUUUAUCUUUGUUCUCUCUCUAAAUUAUGGUACACACUUGUUAAGGUUAUACUUUAUUUUCAGUAAUGAUUUUUCAUGUGUGUGGGAUUUUUGGAGCAUUUUGCUGACUAUUAUUUCCUUUUGUGACUAUUUAAACAUGUGGUUGCUUUGGAUUUUUAUUCAAUUUAUUUGGACCUGGUUUUUAUUUAUU